GGUGAAUCACGGUCACGGAGAAACGCCAAGUAGUCAUACUUAAAUUUGACGCGACGGCGCGAACAUCAUGCUUGGGCACGCAUCAAUAGAUCGUGGUCAUUAACCCCGGCUUGUCAUAGUCCUACCUUUGCUGCAGCCUUGAAUCAUUCUGCAUCAAGUCUGUGCAUCAGUGACUGGCCGUGGAUGCGUCUCGGCCAGUGUGUAGACAGGCUCUCGACCUCAUGCUUCCCACCCUCGGGCGGACAUGUCAGCCAUCGCAUUCCAAUACAUAGCGCAAUCCUUCUCGUGGUUAAUCAUAAUUCUACAAUCUGAACUCACGUUCAAUUCGGGUCAUCUGUGCGGUCCAGACUGGGGUCAACACUCGGCCGGGAUGACAUCGGUGACGGCCACAAAUACAACUGGAAGCGGGCCAGAGCGCUUUCGUCCAGUUAGACUCAGCCCGUCACAGCGUUGCCAUUGUCUGGUACCCUGUUUACUUGUCAAUCUGUGCUCAAUCAAAUUGCAGCGCUUUCACGCACCCUGAACUCCACGCCCCAAGACACACAUAGCCAGCCACGGAGAAUGCCGACUGAACCACCUGUCGCUGGGCGCGAAGAGUGUCAUCCCUGUCACGACUUUGCAUGCGAAAGAGACUGACCUCUCUAGCAAUAAAAGGUUCCGUGGAGACAUGUCCAUUAAUCAUAUACGACACCGGCCGCUACCGAACAGUAUUUAGAUGGCCACAGGGACCCGAUGUCGAGCACACGCACGCACCCGACAUAUCCGCCCGGGCACUAUGGCUCCCAUAACUGCAGCUGAUCCAAACCACCGCGCGACCGUCAUUAUCGUAGCCACCGCCAGCGCGAUAGUGGUCACCUUUCUGGGACUGUCGGCUCUCUUUUUCCAAAUACGCCGCCGCCGCAUGCAGCAGAGCCAGAUCGCAGUGACGAAGUUUCGACUGCAGCGAAAGCAACAGAUCGAUGUGGCUCUGCAGAAGCUCAAAGAGGCGGGCCAGGAGCAGGAAUGCGAUGACAAGAUCAAUGAACUCGCGGAGUGCGAUCUUGGGCAGCCGGGCACGUCGCUGCAGGGCCCCGCGACGCCUGCCCGAUCUGCUUCUCGUCGCACUGGCUAUCACGUCCCGCGUUUUGCGUUUGUCGUCAAUCGCCAGUCCCCAUCCGACGAAGACGAGGUGUGGCCCCCACCGAGAUGUGAGAGCGUCUGCUUAGAUCCCCUUGGCCGGUCUCUGCCGCAGGAGUACCUCGACAUCGUCUCAAGCAUCAUAAAAGAAGUGGACACCAACAGCCUUCGGCUGGAGGUGGGGCCACCCGACAUCCCAACCUCGUCUCGCACUUCGGAAGAGUCCGUCCACACUUUGGCGGGAAUCCCCUCGCUCUAUCGAUUCGCAUCUGCCCCCUGUCUUCAGCCACGCGGUCCCCGUUUGAUGCCCGUGCGUAAAUCCGCAGACAGUCUGUGGUCGCACCGCAGCCACUCGGAAAGGCCGUUUCGCCCUCCGACGCCCGGGCCUAGUGCGGCGACGGGUGUAUUGGCCUUGGCGUUGGCAUCCGCUGAUGAUGCGGGACAGCGAUAGGGUUCCUUCCACCUGAAGUGUGCAGCUGUAAUAGGACUUUCGUGAAUCACUGCUACCGACUGAAAUUUUCAUGUACAUAGUCGCUGGGCGACGAGAGUCCUGUCACUUACUCGGAUCUCUCCUGUAAUACUAAAAAUACAUAAUACCAUAUCUUGCUAUGAGCACGUCCGCUGAAAUGCUGAGAGGCCGGAUUGCUUCGUUAGUCACGUGGACUUCUUUCCGACGUCACGUGCAUACCUUCCGCUCCGAACAUGCCUGGGGAAUAUCCUCGUCUCUCAAGAUGGCGAUCUACAGAGGGCUCGACGCCAGAAUCCAUCGAUUUUUUGUUGGAAAUAUCCACGCUCACACAAAUCUGGAUUCGACAUGCGUUGAUACGGGCCUCAAAGAAGCUCGAGGGAUGAUCUCCUCCCGAUCGGCUUCCGCUCCUCUGGGAUAGAUGUCAUCAAGACUUCCAAAGUCCGGGUCCCGUGGGCCAGUUUCAUAAAGAAUGUCACGCGAGUGUGAGCUGCUCGCUGCCAAACGGGUCCCUCCUCGGCUAAUGGACCGUUUAUAUGCCAAUUGCAUUCUGUGGCUCGAGCACAGCUGGUACGACGUCCUCUGCACCACACUCCUCUUUGUCUGCCGCAGACCGCUCCCUCCAUCUGGCAAUCAACGAACAAAAGUUGAAACUGUCUCGUCGUACCGCAUCUACAUGCCCAUCUUUCUGAUCCUACAGGGAAUCUUCACAGUCUCAGUGGCCCGUCCGUCCUAUAAGUAGGCUGAGUCUCGGGAGUGGCUGCGAUGCAGGGCUCUGUCGUACCUUCGAUGUCCAGCAAUGUCUCCAACCCCUCAUCCACGGCCGUGUCUGAUUCACCCACUUCCUCUGGAUCGCCGGAAUCCAGCUCGAGUAAAGCUCUCCUUCUGGUCGGAAUCGUGUUCUUCUUCUUCCUCGUAGUCGGUUUCAUAGCUCUCUAUCGGCGGUACUGCCCGGAGCCUCCGCGACAGCUCACACCAUCGGAGAAAGCGGAGAAGGAGAAGCCCGUCCUGCACGACUUGCAGCUGGCAGCUGAACUGGAAGACGGGAGCGCAACAGGCCAAACAUGGCAUAGCAUCCAGCCUCUCGCUGUGCAGGUGACACCGAGUACCGUCAUCCGGUCACCCGGGUCUCCCAGCUUCAAAGCACUAUCGUCGUCCAUGUCUCUCGCGGCCUGGACGUCACCACCAAAACGGCACCCCAUCAGCAGUUCCUCGAGCGACGCAUCUCUGUACGCCUCAAAGCUUCUGCAGGACAUGCACAUCACAUCGGCAUCAGCACCGGACGCGUUAGGACGCGGAUUGCGUGUAGCGGUCAUUAUCGCGAUGCCCCUCGCGCCAGAGGAGACUGGCAUGGACUUGAACGUCGGGAUGGUAUCUGCUGUACCAUAGUCCCAGCCCUCGUUUACGGUAGAGUGUAGCAUUGCACAGCGGCAUUGAAUCUUUUUAU